ACAAACUCAACCAAAAAAAAACAUUAGAAAGAGAAAAACCACUUCUUGUGAAUCUAAUCCAACAUGUUCGCCAUAGUCUUAGGUUGUGGUUGUUAUCAUUAUGCCACAUUGAAACUAUUUCAACACUCUUGUUUUCUUCUCUCUCUCCAAAAAAAAAUCAUUAGUUUCCCAUAAUGUCUCUUACCAUCAAACUACAAUUACUUUCUCACCAUAACAUCAACCACAACAACAACAAUCAUGCAAACAAAUUAUUAAAAAACAACACUUUAUGUUACAAUACUAAGUUUCUUCCAAAACCCAUUUUCCAUAACAAUCCAUUCAUCUUUACAAAGUGUAAAAAAGUGAAAAGAAGAAUGCAAGAAAGUUUCAUGAUCAAAAGUUCUUUAAUUGAGCCAGAUGGGGGUGUGUUAGUAGAUCUUGUGGUGCCUGAAAAUCAAAGAGAUUCUAAGGUGCUUGAAGCUAAGUCACUUCCUAAUGUGAAACUAACAAAGGUUGAUUUUGAAUGGGUGCAUGUGAUUUGUGAAGGUUGGGCUAGUCCUUUGAAAGGGUUCAUGAGGGAAAAUGAGUAUCUUCAAAGUUUGCAUUUUAAUUCAUAUAGGUUGAAUGAUGGUUCUUUUGUUAAUAUGUCACUUCCUAUUGUUUUGUCUAUUGAUGAUGAAACUAAAGGAAGAAUUGGAUCUUCUUCUAAUGUUGCGUUGAUUGGGCCUGAUGGAGAUUGUGUUGCUAUUCUUAGAAGCAUUGAAAUCUACAAGCAUAACAAAGAAGAAAGAAUUGCUAGAACUUGGGGAACAACUGCUCCAGGAUUGCCUUAUGUCGAAGAGGUCAUUGCUCCGUCUGGAAAUUGGCUUAUCGGAGGAGAUUUGGAAGUUGUUAAACCUAUCAAAUACAAUGAUGGUCUUGAUAACUACAGGCUCUCUCCCAAACAACUUCGCGAAGAAUUCGAUAGGCGUAAAGCUGAUGCAGUUUUCGCUUUUCAGUUAAGAAAUCCUGUCCAUAACGGCCAUGCCUUGUUAAUGAACGAUACUCGUCAACGUCUAUUAGAUAUGGGUUACAAAAAUCCGAUUUUAUUGCUUCAUCCUCUUGGAGGUUUCACAAAGGCCGACGAUGUUCCCUUAGAUGUCAGAAUGGAGCAACAUAGCAAGGUGCUAGAAGAUGGAGUUCUUGAUCCUGAGACGACCAUAGUUGCGAUAUUUCCGUCACCUAUGCAUUAUGCAGGGCCAACUGAAGUGCAAUGGCACGCAAAGGCGCGGAUAAACGCUGGUGCCAACUUCUAUAUUGUUGGUCGUGAUCCCGCUGGUAUGAGUCACCCAACUGAGAAAAGGGAUUUGUACGACCCGGAUCACGGGAAAAAGGUUCUUAGCAUGGCUCCUGGUCUCGAGAAGCUUAACAUUUUGCCAUUCAGGGUUGCAGCUUAUGACACUAAGGUAAACAAGAUGGCAUUUUUCGAUCCUAGCCGAUCUCAAGAUUUCCUCUUUAUAUCUGGAACCAAGAUGAGAUCUUAUGCAAAAAGUGGAGAGAAUCCACCAGAAGGAUUUAUGUGUCCAAGUGGAUGGAAAGUUCUUGUGAAUUAUUAUGAAAGUUUGCAGACAGAAGAAGCAUCACAACAGCCUGUGUUAUCUGCUUAGACAGAACACUACUGCUACAAGUUUUUUGCAUUAAUAGAUUCUAGAGAAAGAGAAUUAAGAGUACUUUUCAGGAAGUGCCAAUUUUUAUGCAUGGUCUUCCAAGAUCAAGAAUUCAGCAAAUGUGCAAGCAUAUUUCAACUUUUUGUAACAUAUUGAAUUGUGUUUCAUUUCCUAAUGAGUUUGCCAUGUAUUGGAAAA